AGACUUCAAAAUUUUCAAACUUCCCUAGAAAAUAAAGACGUAAACUUUCAAUUGUACCCUCUUCUCUCUCUCUCUCUCUCUCUCUCUCUCUCCAACUUGAUGAAGUUUUCUGUAGGUGUUAGAGUAUCACAUAACGGUCCUCAGAAAACCAAGGCUCUAAGCAACCCAAAAGAUUAGUUCAACCCUAGCAGUUGCUGACAGGUUCUUUUCUGUCCUCAGUUUUUGCUUUCAAAUCCCUUUUAAAUCUCUCUAAUUAGGUCAGAUUUCAACCUCCUUUUAAGUCGGAUAUCCAUGCAAAACUGAUGUUUUUGUGCUCAAUUUGUGGUUUUAAGUUUUAACAGGUAAAAGGUCCCUUUUUAACUUGAAAAUUUCAAAGUAGAAAUCAGAGUUUCCAUGACUUACUCUGUUUUCUGCUCUCUAUUUGCUUCAAACUCAAUAAAGACUAUGAUGGAUUUAUUUUAUGGCGAUCCUUAACAAAUUUUUGCCUAAAACCCACUUCAAUUUAUUGAAUAUGGGUUCUACCAAAGGGGUUUUCUACCUAAAGAUGGUUCUCUUUGCGGGGUUUUUCUUGGCCUCUGUUUCAAGACUCUGGCUUACUCUGUUCGGUUUCGUAAACAGAGUGUUCCUCAGAUACAACAAAAAUGAAAAUAUUUUCCAAGAAAAGAAUCAAAUUUGUUUCAAUCCUAUUGAAGUAGCAUAUUCUGAAAAUUUUAAACGAGGGGAUACAGAGUAUGCUGGUUUCGGAAGGGGAAAAUCCGAUUGUUCUAGCAUUGGUUCCCAAGAAAACAAUGAAACUGAUUCAAAUCAUACUGAACCAGAGGCAGAGUUUAAGGUAGAAUAUUCUGAAAAUUUUGGAAGAAUGGAAGGACGGCACGAUGAAUUCGAUGAAAUAGAGUCAGAAACGCCUAAGUUUGAGUUCAAAUUUAGGUUUCCUACUUAUGAAGAAAUCAGCAGAAGCAAUAAAGGGAAUGGUGGCGACUCUUUCAGCUUAGAUAACACCAGUCCCUCCACAAGCACCAAUAAGUACGAGUUUUUGUCUGGCAAGAGUUUUAGCCACGUCUUGGAGGAAACGGAAGCUUCAAGCUUUACAGUCAAAGAAUUUUAUGCUAUUUCGGAUGAUACUUUGAUUGGAAAUAACGCGACUCACGGUCGUUCAUUUUUGUCAGAAGGAGAUUCUCUUUCUAUUCAACAAAAUUCAGUAGAAGAAGCUGUUCAUGAUGAAAUUUCUGAGAAUUCUGAGGAGUCAGAGUGGCUAGAGGCUACGACUUCUUCUAAGGAUGCUCAUUAUGAGAAAGAACAAUUGGGGGAGUCUCAGAAUAAUUCCUCAGGUGAAGAAAAUGUUUCUGGUGAACAUGAUUUUCUUUCAGAAAAGGACUUCAUGGCUUCAGAUUUUGAUUUGGAUUCUAUUGUUUCAAGCUCAGUUAUGGAUCAAUUAGUUGAUUUGAGCAGUGAUGGAUUUUUGUCAGAAAAAGAUUUUGAGGGCACAAGUGAUGGUGGCAAUGUGGAAGACUUGGACUUGAAUUCCGGGUAUGAGCCAGAAGAUUUUGAUGGAGAAGAUAGUGAUAUUCUGGAAGAGCUUCGAAAACUAGAAGAAUCUGAUAUGAAGAAUUCAGAUACUCUAAACUCAGAAAAGCGUGGUGAGGAUGUUUCUCAUGAUACCGGCAAUUCCAAAGAUGAAGAAUUUGUUGGCAAAGAUGAAAAAUCAGUGGAUGGAAAACCCAAUUCAAAGAAUUCAUCGGAGUGGGAUGCUGAGGAUUCAAAUGGAUUGGAAACAUUGUGGGAACAUCAAGAUUUGAUAGAGCAGCUGAAGAUGGAGCUGAAAAAGGUCAGAGCCACAGGCCUACCCACCAUUCUUGAGGAAUCUGAGUGUCCAAAAAUAAUUGAAGAUUUGAAGCCUUGGAAGAUUGAUGAGAAGUUCCAAUAUGGUGAUCGAAUGAGUGAGCUUCACAAGUUCUACAAAAGUUACAGAGAACGUAUGCGGAAAUUCGAUAUCUUGAAUUACCAGAAGAUGUAUGCAAUAGGUUUUUUGGAGUCGAAGGACCCACUUCAAUCGUUUUCAAGCCACAAAUCCUCGGCUCCAGCAAUCAAAUCCAUUCUUUCACAGAGCUUCUGGCUAAGCAAACGCAAAAAGUCUGAACUUGACCCAAUGACGAAGUUCAUUACAGAAUUGCAUAGUGAUUUGGAAGUGGUUUAUGUUGGUCAGUUAUGCCUUUCCUGGGAAAUCCUUCACUGGCAAUAUGAGAAGGCCUUGGAGUUAUGGGAAUCUGACCCCUAUGGACUACUUCCUUAUAAUGAAGUUGCAGGUGAAUUUCAACAGUUUCAAGUGCUCUUGCAAAGAUUUAUUGAAAAUGAACCUUUUCAAGGGCCAAGGGUUGAAAAUUAUGUCAAGAAUCGAUGUGUUAAUCGUAACUUUCUUCAAGUACCAGUAAUAAGAGCGGACAAAGGGAAAGAAAAAAAAGGGAGAGAUGAUGGUGCAAUUACGAUUGACAAGUUGAUAGAGAACUUGGAAGGAUCAAUGAGAACCAUUUGGAAAUUCAUUCAUGCUGAUAAAGAUGCAUGUACCACGAUUCUAACAUGUCGAAAGGAGGCACAUGUAGAACUCCAAAACCCUUCAGAUUCUGUGCUUUUGAUGGAGCUUAGAACUGAUGUUCAAAAGAAAGAGAAGAAGCUUAAAGACAUUUUCAGGAGUGGAAACUGCAUAUUAAAGAGGUUGCAAAAGCAUCAAGAAGAUGGCAUAGAUCAUCAUUACUUCUUCUCUCAAGUAGAUAUGAAAUUAGUGUCAAGGGUCUUAAACAUGUCUAGGAUAGCAACGGACCAACUAGUUUGGUGUCACAGUAAAUUAAGUCAGGUUAGCUUUGUCAACCGAAAGAUGCAUAUAGAACCUUCAUUCUUGCUUUUUCCAUGUUGAUCGUAUUAGCUUUGUCAGUGUAUAUGUACAUAUCAUAGAUCCCUAGUGAAAAUUUUGGAAAAUUUUGCCAUGCUAAUACUGCUCUGAUGUAUUUGUCUAACUACUAUUGCUUCAAUUAGAAUUAGUUAUGUAAAAAUUAAAGGGUAAAUUCAA